UUUAUUUCGUAUUACCAAACCGCUUACGUACUCACCCACUCAGAUCUGCUCAGACACAAACUGGUCGAUGUCGACCUCCUCGAGUGGAGCAGUGGCCGCAUUGUUCACCUUUGGCUUCUCCUCUCUGAGCUCAAGACGUUUCAGCUUACUAAGAGGGCCCCAGCCGUGCACAGGUGGGCUAAGUUUGAAUGGAUCCAAAAACUUGACACACUGUUUGAACGAGUCGCCCAAUGUGGCAAUCUCGUGGAUGAUGUCUUCCACACAGAUGAUGCCGUAGUCUCCAAGCUGGUCUUCAAUCAAAUUGUUGUCAUCCAAGUUCACCUUCUUGGUUGUUCCGUCCUCCACGAUACUAGCCGUGGCACGUUUCUGGAUCAAGUUUCGGACAGUAGCAAGCGAUGGAGUGCCGAUGGCGAUGUACGGACUGGUCAGUCUGAGGAGAGGUUUGACGGCAGCGUUCAACUUGAUGAAAGUUCCUGUGUACACGUGCUCUAGACGCAGCAGUUCAAGCACUUUCCUGGCUUUGGAGGGCACUUUGGCACCAUGCGGGCCGGGGAUACGGACCACAAACAAAAGACGCUCAUCGGACUCUUCCGGCACAGCAGAGCUCCGUUCAUGCUGAGACACGCGCUUCACACGGUACUGUUCUCUUUCUGAUGCGCGAUGUUUAGCCACUAGGGUUUCUGCUCUGAUAAACCUUGCCUUUCUUUGCUGUUGUUUGCGUUUCUUCUGUUCCUCGAGCUUCUUACGUGCCUGCUCCUGUUUCUCUAGACGGAGUCUGUCGGCGUUCUUCCGCUUCUUGAGCAACACCUCUGGGUUGGUGUUCAGUUUAGUCGAUUCAGCCAUGAUAAAAAAAAAAAAAUUGUGCAGAAAAAUUUAUUUGGCAGUGUUCAAAUAAUUUUCGAUCAGUACACCAUCUCCACCUUGUUUCUAGACUGGCGUUUCUCAAGCUCAAAUUUCUUGGCCAGCGCCACCACCUGCGUCCAUUCACGACCAAACACGUCCUUUGCGAACUUUUUCUGCGCCACCAGCUGGCCUGCUUUGCGAACAGCGAUCGCCUCGUCCUUAUCUAGACGGUCAGCUUUGAGGAGCACUUCAUUUAGAGACGGAUACAAUCCCUUGUAGUCGGGAUCCGACGGAUCAGCGAAAAAGAAGCCCGACGGUGUCGCAUGCUUGGUUUCAGGCGCCACAACCUCGUCUUUUUCAACAGGGAGCACAAUGUCCAGCAGCGGACCAGCACUGGCGUGAACUAUGGGAAUGGCGCCGUUGAGCAUGUACUCGACCACAGAGAUACCAAAAUGCUCGUUCCACAUCACAUUGAGUCCGUACGCAGCCCGCGACAGGUACUCGUCGACGGUUUUGCGAGGAGCGUUCACCUCAAAAGCAACCAGGGAGGAAAUUUCUAGCUGCUCUGCCAGCAACUUGAGCUCUCGCACCGUUUCCUCGUCCUGUUUGGACCUUGUUGAUCCGACCAGCGCCAACGUAAACGGCACAGCGCUGUUUCUGGCAUACUUGGCAAACUCCUUCAGCAAGAGCCUGUGCCUUUUCUCUGGCCGGAACUGCGCCAGGUACAACAAAACACGGUCUUUUUCUCCCAGUGGGUCGGCAAUCCUGGACUCCUCAAUGCCGGUCGGUGGAUAAAGGAUCUGAGGGCUUGUUUUUGCAUUGCUGCCCCAGAUGGCGCGAACAUGGUCGCAGGUCCAGGUCGAGUUGCACAGGGUGCAGUCAAUAAAAGUCGCAGCCAGCUGGUACAGUUUCAUCAUCAGGGUCCAAUAGACGUACUUGAGCAGGAUGUAGACACUUUUUGAGCUCAGCUUGUUAAGCAUGUCAGACGAAAUCAGCGGAUAGUGCACAUACGCAACCACGGGAAUAUGCAAAAGAGCCACCAGCGGAUAGCAAAAGGGCAGGCCCUGGGUGUCGAUGAACACGUCGGGCACGAGUUUUGUCAAGCUGCUGAAACACACAAAAAUAGAACCCAACGCCUGGCCAAUAAUUGUCAAGUGUUUCCACGACCCGCCGUCAAUAAGCCAUUUAUACCUGUUGUUGAGCUGAAUAAAAACUAUACGGUCAUUGAGGCCGUCUGCAAAUAAAUCAAUUCCGAACGUGGAGCGCACAGAUUGCAAAAGCGAGCUCACACACACAUCGUCUGCCGCUGUGAACGUGUAUAUGGCGACCACAUUCUGCUCCGACUGUUUUAGCGUAUAGUACACUGCCUCCCAGAGGACUCUUUCGCCGCCGCCAUUUGCGUCGCUGAAGGGGUGGAAGUAACCAAAGAUGAGUCUGCGUUUUGAAACUGGGUCGGCAGGACGCAGACGGUCAACGAAGUGGGGGUCGUCUUUGUCGACUCUGGCCAGACGCAGUUUCGACGUCGCCACAGAGUCUCUGUUGAGUUUCAUGGUGGAGUACAGUUGCGGCUUAUGGGCAGCUAGAACCAGUCUUCUGCGGAAAGAGCUGUGCUUGAUGCCCACGACAGACUCUGGAAUCGCCCCUUUUUCCAGGCUGCGCGCGAUCGCGUCCCGGUAGUUGUGAGGAGGCACCACGAGAAAGCGAAGAAGAGAGGCGUCGAUGCACUUGUAGACGGCCCACGCAAGCACCAACGCUCCCAAAAAAGUGCUCAAGGCCGUAGACAGCCCAAACACGGAGCGCGAUGCCAGUUCUGCACCGGUGCCAGCGGCAGAAACCUGUCGUACCAUCAGUGGUGUCUGUCCAGACAUGAUUUUAAUUAUUUUUACACUUACAUAAUCAAAUUUAGCUAUGCUGCUACAUUUGAGUAUCUUUUUUCGACUCAUCCGACAGCGUCAUGUCGCCGAUCUUCUCGUCCACAUAGCCGUUACCCGUCUCGAGAGUCACAAACGAGCUGUUGUUGAUGUCGAUCGGCAGCCGGGGCUUGGCCUGGACUUCAGCGUCUGCGACCGUCGUGGUCUCGGUGGCAGGGUGGUGGUUCUUCGGCAGCGACAGCACCGUGUUGAGCGACUGGUGCGCAAUGGAACUUCGCGGCGACUGGCCGCGCUUGUAGCUCGACUGGUCGGUCCCGGUCAACUCUGUGUCUCUUCUGUUUUUCGAGAUCAUCGACGAGGACGCCAGCGACGAAAGCCGUUCCUGCUUCUUGCGCUCCCAGCCGAUGACAGACCGUGCCUGCGGAGAGGGCAGGCUUGUGACCUUCUUGAGAUCAUUGUACCAACUCAUCAUCUGGUCGUACGACUCUGCUCUGAACACCCAGUUGUGGCCUUUCCGGAGCAGUCCGUUCUGCUUGGCAUGUAGAACAAACUUAUGGUACGAGUUCGGGUUGUGCUCGUCUUUCUUUGAGUGCUCAGCCACCUGGCAGUCCUCCACCGCUAGCGACAUGAUCGGCACCGGGUCGCGCUUGCGGUCGGCAGACUUGAACUCGUGCAAAAACGUCGGGGUCAGCACGUAAUAGCCCUUGGAGUAGGACUUGAGAUACUUUGACUUUCUCUCCAAGAAUCCGGACCGGAUCUCGAACGUGAGAGGGUCAUUUUGGUGCUGGUAGUGGAUCUCGCUCAGAUGUCUCAUGGGCAGGUUCACGUCGAUGAAGUUCUUGGUGUCUUUGGCAACGAACGAGUCCCAUUCGAAGCUGGGGUCCUUGGUCAGCAGUCCUGUGUCCAAUUUAGAGAUCAGCCCAUCAAACACGUUCUGAGCCUGCUGGCCGAUCAGUUUCGCGUACACGGUCAAUGCCGUCUGGAUCUCGAUAUACACAACUUUCUCCAGCUCUUUGCCCGACCCCUGCAGGUUGUUGAAGGCCUCAUGCAAAUAAUUUUCCUCUGUCAGCUGCCGUUUGAUCAGUCUGUUGAGAUUGAAUCUCAAUAAAUACGGGUCGUCUUUGGGCGUGAGCAGCUCAGGGUGGUGUUUGGCGGUCUCGACGGACUUGAUGUACGCAUUCAGCUCCUGCUUUGUCUCCUGGUGGUAUCUGGCCACCUGGUUCUUGAAGUCGCUCUGCAACGACUUAAUCUCCUUUAUUUUCACAAUCAGGUCCCGCUUGAGGUCUUCCAGCCGCGGAAUGAUGGUGCCGUUGAGCUCCUUGACAGUGGCCUGGGCCAGAAGCGCCGAGUUCGAGUGAUACUGGUAUAACACGGUCGGCAGAUCCUGGAUGCUGCCGUUUCCCAGCGGAAGGAAAAACUUCUCCGCCAUCUCGAACUCGUCGUUCGUUUCUGGGUGCGGCUGCUCCUUGUGGCCAAACAGACCCUGGCCGCUUUGCGGGGCGCCCGAGUUGACUUUCACAGGCUGGUAAAAUUCGCCGUCAAGGCCCUGGGUGACGAACGGGAAGGUGAUGGCGUGAUGGAGUCUAAUUUGCUGUCUGCUUAUUUCCUCGUGCACAGACACUGUUUCCUUGAGAUAGUGCACAAGACAGCCAAUAAUGGUGCGCCACAGACCAAACCGGGUGGCCAGGAUGUCUGUUGGGUUUGCCUCUGUCGGAACCAGCACUGCCAGCGGGUCUGUUGGGUCUCGCUUGGCCAUUUCUUUCUGGCGCAGGUUAUGCAGCAUUUCCUGUGUGGACGACGAUUUGGAUUGGAAGCUUCUUGUUUGCUCGGCUUGUUUUUGUCUUUGUUCGUCCAGCUGUUUGAGCUGGAGCUGGUUCUGUAGCAAUUGUUGUUCGGAUACAAGACUCAUGGAUCUUAUCGUUUCAUGGAUUAAAACAGAUUUCCCGAAAUAGAACAAUUUUCUGUUUGAGAGGGUAAAACUUCGACCGCCUGCACGCCGUCGCCGACGCGUCGAUAUCAGCCAGCCUUAUCUAUCGCCUAAUUCCCGAUGCAGAGCCAUAAUUCCAGCACUGCGGUGUAACUUGUUUCCUUAAUGAAGAUUGUUGUUGUUGGUGCGGGCGUCAUCGGCCUGACCACUGCCCUGACACUCAGGCGCAAGCUUGACUGCGAUCUCGUCGUCGUGGCCAAGGAAAUCCCCGGCGACGCAGACCCCAUCUAUACCUCCACCAAGGCAGGAGCGCAGUGGUCCAGCUCUCCUGGAAACAAGCGCGCAGAGUUUUCGUACCGGAUCUUCGACGAGCUGAGUAAAGUUCCAGAGGCCUGGGUCACCAAAAUCCCGCUCUACAAGGGAGAAAUCGACCCGAAGGAGCCUGCUACAGAGCCGGAUCUCAAGUCGUUUGUGGACAAUUACGAGUGGAUCGGCGAGGAGCACCAAAAAUUCCCCGGUGUCAGCCACAUUUACAAGUUUGACACCUUCACCAUCUCUCCUCCACAGUACCUCGCGUAUCUGGCGAACGAGCUGCUCAAGCUUGGCGUGGCUAUUCAACGCGGUGUGGUGCGCAACUUCGCCCACGUCGACGCCGAUUACGUCAUCAACUGCACGGGAAUCCAGUACAACGACAUCGACGGAUGUCAUGACGCGGCCCUGCGUCCUAUCAGAGGCCACACGCUGCUGAUAGAAAACACGCUGCCGUACCAGGUUAUGUUCAAGGAGAACAAUCCGGUCGAGGAGGGCGAGUUUCUGAUGCUCUUCCCCCGUAAAGAGGGCUGUGCCGUGCUGGGGGGAAUCUAUGACUCGCACUCGCCGGCCUUCGACACGUCUGUGCACGCCGACUAUGUCGAAAGGCUCCAGGCCAAGGCGGCCAAGCACCUUCCUGAGCUGCAGGGCGAGAUCCGCGUCCUCAAGCACAACAUCGGGUUCCGGCCGCACAGAGAUGGCGGCGUGCGGAUCGAAUUCGAUCCCGAAAACCCAAGACUGGUCCACAAUUACGGGUGCAGCAACCUGGGAUUUACAGAGAGCUGGGCCUGUGCGCAGGAAGUUUUUGACCUCAUUAAAUAA